UGUUUCAAACCAAGUACAUUCCUCAUAUUCUUUGGUAAAUGAAGAUCUGUUAGCUGAGAAUGCAGCUUCUAAGGAUGAUUCAAGGGUAGCACAAGAUAUGGAUGUUGAAGAACAAGUUUCUAGUGAUGAACAUGAUGGUUUAGACCAAUUGCAAGAAAUGGAAGUUGAAGAACAAGAUUCUGAUCCUGAACAGCCAACCAACUUUGAUGAAAAGACUGUUACACGAAUGGCUCUGAGGUCUGCGAGUGCAAUAAAGGUGCAUCAAGUUAGGUACCAGCUUCCAUCAGAGGAAGGUGAAUUGUCUGUUUCUGAUUUAGUCUGGGGAAAGGUGAGGAGCCAUCCAUGGUGGCCAGGACAGAUCUUUGAUCCUUCAGAUGCUUCUGAGAAGGCGGUUAAGUAUCAUAAGAAGGAUACUUAUCUGGUUGCCUACUUCGGGGAUCGGACAUUUGCUUGGAAUGAAGCUUCUGUUUUGAAGCCAUUUCGACCUCAUUUCUCUCAGAUUGAGAAGCAGAGUAAUUCAGAAGCAUUCCAGAAUGCAGUCGAUUGUUCUUUGGAAGAAGUGUCUAGACGGACAGAGUUAGGACUAGCUUGCUCUUGCAUACCUCAGGAUGCUUUUGACAGAAUAAAAUUCCAAAAAGUUGAGAAUGCAGGUGUUCAGCAAGAAUUAAGUGUAAGAAAUGUUUCUGAUAAGUCUUUGAGUGCUAGUUCUUUCGAACCUGAUAAAUUGGUUAACUAUAUGAAAGCAUUAGCAGAGUCUCCAGCUGCUGGGGGUGAUCGACUUGACCUUGUGAUUGCUAAAGCUCAGUUGUUGGCUUUCUAUUGUUUAAAAGGUUAUCAUCAGUUGCCUGAAUUCCAAUCCUGUGGAGAUUUAAGUGAAAAUGAAACAAAUACCUCACAUUCUGAAGAAAAUGCAUUUGGUGAGGUAACUGAGCAUAGUACUACUUUGGAUACCGAUGGUGAGCAAAUUUCCAGUGGCCAGGAAACUUCAAAAACUAAGAGAAGCUAUUACCUUAAGCGUAAGCAUAAUCUGAAGGAUGGGUUGUAUCCUAGUAAAAAGGAAAGAAGCUUGACUGAAUUGAUGGGUGAGACAUUUGAUUCUCCUGACGCUGAAAAUGGGCCUGACGGGAUGGCUAACAAGCUUUCUUCAUCAUCAUUUGGAAAGAAAAGAAAAGCUGUUGAUUCCUUCGAGGACUCGAUGCAAUACGAGAGGAAGACAAUUUCUCUUGCCAAAGUUUCUCAAACUCCACCUCAUUUCCCAAAGCCUUCCUUCAAAAUUGGUGAAUGUAUCCGUAGAGCUGCGAGUCAAAUGACGGGAUCUCCAUCGAUUCUGAAGUCCAGUGGUGAUAUGUUACCCAAGAUUGAUGGAGACAGUGAAAAUCCUGCUGCAGAUGGAAUUGAUGCUCCCAUUGAGAAUUUCGAUGAUGCACUGCAAAAGAUGACGAAUUAUAUGUCAAAUUACUCAUCACUAGAGGAGUUGUUAUCACAACUUCACGAGGCAGCAUGCAAUCCAAGGCUAAGUUCUUUUAGUUCAAUUGUCAACUUUUUCUGUAAUUUCAGAGAUUCAAUUGUUGUGGAUCAGCAACCUGGGGACAAAGUAGGUGACAAAAGGAAAAAGUCUCCCAAUUCUAUUUUUGGUUCUCCAGAAACUUUCGAGUUUGAGGACAUGAAUGAUACUUACUGGACCGACAGAGUAGUUCAAAAUGGUUCUGAAGAGCAACCGUUACAUGGAAAUGGAAGGGGACAUUAUCAAAUAGUGCCUGUUCAAUUAGAGAAGCCACUUCAAAAAGGUCGUAAAUCUCGAAAACGGUAUUCUGUUGGUAAUCACGAUUUGACCACUCAGAAACCCCCUGGCUAUGUUGAUGAGAGGGCUCCAGCAGAACUUGUCAUGAAUUUCACUGAUAUUAAUUCUGUCCCUUCGGAGACAAAGCUAAAUAAGAUGUUCAAGCACUUCGGACCGUUAAAGGAAUCUGAAACAGAAGUCGAUCGGGAAACCAGCCGUGCAAGAGUUGUUUUUAGAAGAUCGUCUGAUGCUGAAGUUGCCUACAAUAGUGCUGGAAAGUUCAAUAUCUUUGGGCAUGUGGCUGUAAAUUAUCAACUCAGCUACACUAUAUCUGAAUCAUUCAAAGCUUCAUUGUAUGCUCCAACCCUAGCAGAAGAGAAUCCACUCAUGUCUUCAUCCCUAUGUGGGGAUCAUGCUCUUGUUGCCUCAUCCCUGGGCGAGGGAAGUUCACACUUUCCUCCAAGCCUAGGUGAGGAAGGUUCAUUCAUGGUUUCAACCCUCGGUGAGGAAACUUUACCUAUUGCUACAACUUUCCAUGAUGAACUUCAGUCAUCCUUUGGUGAGGGCAGUUUGGCCAAUCCGACUUCGUUAGGCAAUCAAACGUCAGGCAUCAUCACAAGCAUGUAUGAGGAGACAUUUCCCAUCGCCACAAGCAUGUAUGAGGAAACAUUACCCAUCUCCACAAGCAUGUAUGAGGAAACAUUACCCAUCUCCACAAGCAUGUAUGAAGAAACAUUGCCAAUUGUUACAACUGCAGUUGAGGGAACAAUGGAUGUUGCAACAACUAUUGGUGACCAAACUUUGAUGGUUGCUACAACUGUAGGCGAACAAUUUUCAACAGUUGUCACAACUAUUAGUGAGCAAACCUCAACGGUUUCAACAUUUGAGGAAGAUUAUCCCUUCUCCACAACCUUGAACAGAGAAACUUCAACUAUCACCACAAACUUGCGUGAGGAAACUUCAACUGUUAAUGUAAGCUUGGGUGAGGAAAAUUCAGGCUUUGUUACUGAAGGUCGAGAAACUUCAAGCGUUCCCACAGCUUUUGGUGAAGAAACUCCUGCCAAUCCUGUGACCUUGACAGAAGAAAUUCCUAGUAUUCCGAGAACCUCAGGUGAAGAAACUCCAGCUAUUCCCUUGGCCGAAGAAACCCCUAGUUUUCCCAGAACCUUAGGUGAAGAAACUCUAGCCAACCCUGUGGCAGAGGAAACUUCUAGUGUUGUUCCCACAACCUUAGGUGAAGAAACUCCAGCUAUUUCCUUGGCUGAAGAAACACCAGCCAUUCCCCUGGCAGAAGAACCCCCUAGUAUUCCCAGAACCUUGGGUGAAGAAACUCUUGCCAUUCCCUUGGCAGAAGAAACCCCUAAUAUUCCCAGAACCCUGAGUGAAGAACCACCAGCCAUUCUCUUGGCAGAAGAAACCCCUAGUAUUCCCAGAACCUUGAGCGCAGAAGAAACCCCUAGUGUUCCCAGAACCUUGAGUGCAGAAGAAACCCCUAGUGUUUGCAGAACCUUGAGUGCAGAAGAAACCCCUAGUAUUCCCAGAACCUUAGGCGAAGACACACCAGCCGUUCCUGAAAUUGUCAGUGAAGAAACCCCGGCCAUUCCUCCAACCUCGAGUGGAGAAACUCCUCUUCCUCCAAUCUUCAAUGAAGAAACUCCUACUAUUCCCAUAACCUUGGGUCAGGAAACUCAGACCACUCCAACCAUGAUUGAGGAAACCACAACCAUUCCUGCAACCUUGGACAAGGAUGCUGCAACACUUCCUGCAACCUUGCAUGAAGAAACUCCAGCUAUUGUGACGACUUUGGCUGAGGAAACUCCAACUACCACAAUCUUGGGUGAUGAAACUGCAACCAGUCCCACAACCUUUGGUGAAGAAUCUUCAACUAUCCUGACAACCUUGGGUGAGGAAGCUUCAUCUGUUCCCACAACUAAUGGCGAGGAAAAAUCAACUGUUUCUACAACUACUGAAAUGGAGUCGUCUCCCCCUGAAGUGGCUGGAAGCAAGGAACAUUCAACUUAGUUUUUCCACUGCAAAAUUUUCUUGGAAAUUUCAGGGGAGAACAUACCCUGGGGUUCAGGUGUCAAGUGUGUGGCUCUGGUAGGCGUUUGAUUCGACUUGUGACUGAAGAAGGCAAUCGACGGCCCUUCAGCUCGGAUUUGUUCUUUCUUGAAUUAUGCUAUAAGCUGCAUGGUGUUACGCGCCGACUAGUGUAAUGUAAUAGCAUUUUUAGAUGAUUUGACCUAUCCGUGGAUGCUAUCCUUGAGGACUAGGAGAAUUGCAUUGUAGAAUCAUGGCUGCCUAUCUAUUGUUCAUGCCUCUUCAUCAAUGGAUGCAACGGGUAUUGAGUUUUCGAUUUUCA